AUGCGCACAGUCUCGUCUUGUAGUGUCUGUCGGUCAAGGAAGAAGCGGUGCAUCCCCAGUGCUGUGGGGUCAGCUUGCAGACUGUGCACAGCCAAGGGGCUUCAAUGCAACGCACCAACAGCAGCCCGGGAGUCUCCGGAUAUCCCACGGCCAUUGGCACGCAUUGCACCAUCAUCUCAAAGCAGUCCUUCUGUGAAUGGACGUGAAGAUAUAAUACAGAUUGUCGACAGAGAUGACGCAUUGAGUGAUGAAUUGGUCGAGAUUUAUUUCAGGGUCAUUCAUUACAAACAACAUCUCCUAUUUCACCACAGCUCUUUCGUGCGCGACCAAAAGCAGGGCUUGGUGGCACGAUAUCUGUUAUUUGCCGUCUUUGCCCUGGGAGCUCGCUUUUCCUCAAACCCUGCCCUUGACCAUGUUACACCAUGGUCACGUGGGAAGCUAUUCUUGCGAGAAGCGAUCAAGUCUUUCAACGAACGCACAAAGCUCAUAUCUAUUGAGGCUCUUCAAGGUUCCAUAAUACUUGCGUUUGCGGCAUUUGUCGAGGCCGCUGCUAACAGAAUAGUAUACUGGCAGGUCUGGAUGAUGGACUGCUGGACCUCUGUUAGAUCUCAGCUACCACAGCAACUACGCAACGACCCGACAUUUCCGAGACCGAUUCGAGAAGAGGCCUUUGAUGCCAUGCCGGAAUACAGACCUACCGACGACCAAAUUGAUCCCGAGUCGCGAGCAACGAGCCUCUGGACCUUGAUCCUUCCUCUGACACAAUGGCACGCGCAGGCAGUCAAGCUAAAUUACGACAUUGUUCACGAACCAUCAUUGGAGUUUAGGAUCAGAAACUUGGUUCGCGACCUUGCAAGAAAACUUGAUCAUUGGGUCCAGAGCUUACCACCAACUCUAAGAAACACUUUGGAGAACUGGAGUAGUUACUCAGACCGUGGAUAUGGGCGACCAUUUGCAGUCAUGCACAUCAUCUACCAUCACACUGGCCAGCUUCUCUUUUAUCAGUUUCUCAACAAAUGCAUCGUACCAGAAGAUCAUGCCACGGUGGACGAAGAAGCAUUGGGAUAUGCUGAGCUGUGCAAGGCCCAUGCCACAGCUUUGAGCAAACUCUUCUGGGAACUCAACGUCGCCCCAGAUCUAGACUGUCUGUGGUCGCCAGUCAACAGUCAUCUCCUCGUCAUCGCAUCAACAAUUCACUUGCACACGAUGCUUUUGGGAACAGGAAGACCAGAGGCAGCUGAAGCGAAGCAGCUCCUAGAGCAGAACUUUGUUGUCUUACAGGAGUUACAGAAGUACUGGCCCUCUACAGAGCUUGCAUUUUCGCGACUUCAGUCAUUUCACAAUGCUUGUCAGAUGAGCAGUAUCUCAAAGACGUUCAACAUGGAUCAGUGGAUGGUGAAUUUCCUCAAUAGAUAUGACAUCUCCAUCGAGGAUCGGGAACUUGGUGUCGAGGUGAAUGGCGGGGUGGGCGGGAGCAAUACAACGGGUGAUGAACUGUGGGCAAUUAUGUUUAGCAAUAAUUAG